UUGAGUUUGAGACCCCUGUUCUAGUAGAAACCUAAAAUAAAGGCAAGAACCUGAAAAUGAUCAUAAUAUGUCACUCAUCAGAUUUAAUAAUUAGCCCUUAGCAGAGACUUAUUUGUCUUAGCAGGAACACUAUGUUUCCUCAUAUUAUGUGCCAACAAGUAAACUUCCACCCCACUGCUCUUCCUUUGUGUGUCUCAGUAGCUGCAGCAAGAACCGUAUCACCCCUGACCCACAUCCACACACAAUAACACGUCCCACCCAUUAACCUUAACUCUAUUUAAUCAUCAUACUUGUGCUGUUGAGUCUUUCAAAGAGUCGAACAAACAUCCAAAAUGCCUGUUGACUACAGCGGGACGUGGGACAUGAUCAGCAGUGAGAAUUUUGAGGGCUACAUGAUCGCUCUGGGCAUCGACUUUGCAACACGCAAGAUCGCCUCCCUGCUGAAGCCUCAGAAAGUGAUUAAGCAAGACGGAGACUGUUUCAUAAUCCAAACAUUCAGUACCUUCAGAAACUACGAGAUUUCAUUUAAAAUUGGAGAAGAGGCAGAAGAAGUGACUAAAGGACUGGACAACAGGACAUGCCAGACUGUGGUGAACUGGGAAGGUGAUAAGCUGGUGUGUGUUCAGAGGGGAAAGAAGAAGAACCGGACGUGGACUCACUGGAUUGAGGGAGACCAGCUUCAUCUGGAAAUUACUUGCGAGGAUCAAGUCUGCAAGCAAAUCUUCAAGAGGACCCUUUAAAACCUCUUCAGACCACUUCAGAGAACUUUAAUUACAGUGUAGACCUUCUUCCAG